AGACGUCUUCUGUUCGUCUGGCUCUGGCUCUUACUACAUGAGCAGCUUGAAGUGAUUUUGUGCUACCUCCAAAAACAUCAACUAAAUCGUAUAAUCUGUGCAUUACAACCUGAUCCCUCUCUAGCCCAUAACAAAUAACAACCGAAUAAUCGAGCACAGUGAGACAACAUAAACAACAAUAACGUAUAAUAUGCAGCAAUCUAAGUAAUAUUCACAAGAAAAACGAAAACAACAAAACGCUACAAGUAACCCAGUCGGAGAGCGGAAAACUUUGUCAUAAAUAAGUUUACGGCGAAACCUCUAUAUUACUUCAAUCACGAAACUGAAAGCAAAAAAGGAAGCUGUGGAAGAUUGAGUUGCUGCCACAGUUAGUUGCCUGACUUACCCGAGUGUUACUGCUCCACAAACUGACAUUCAAUGAUGCUGAUGCUUAAAGGCAACUCCAAAUACAAAAUGCGGUGUACGCAGCUCAACUUGUUGUGCGCAUUUCUCCUACUGGUAUUCGUUGACUUCACGAGCGCAGAUUCAAAGUAUCGCACUCCCGCCCGGAUAUUGGCCAAGCAAACGGGCGCUACCCAAUUCGAAGAGGAACGCUAUGAGGCACAUACGAACUGCAACGAACAUAAGCACCACUUAAAAAAGCGUGCUUCUGAUGAGGAUGUGGACUAUGAGGUGUACCAGGGCGUGGUGGGGCGGCCGGGCAUCGACUUCCCCAUCUACCCACGGAUUCCCAAGACAUCGUUCAGCUGUCGUUCAUAUGGCAACGGCUACUUCGCCGAUAUGGAAACAGAUUGUCAGGUCUUUCAUAUCUGCGAGGAGGGCCGUAAGAUCUCCUUCCUCUGCCCCAACGGAACGAUCUUCCAGCAGAGCGAGCUCACCUGCGACUGGUGGUUCAAGGUCAACUGCCUAGGAUCAUCGGGUUACUAUGCAGAGAGUGCCGAGAUCCUCAACAAGCAGCGGGUGCAUCGCGUGCGUCCCUCUGUUCCCGUUCAGGGAUUCAAUAUAGUGGGUGGGGGGCUGAACAUCAAGCCAAAGGUUACUCCUGUCGCUGGUCAGGCAAGGUCUGGCCCACGGGCCAAUUCCGAUAGACGUAUAGAUUCCACGGAGGAUGUUCCUGCCUCGGUGGAGAGUGUGGACUUUGAUGAUGUGUCUGGCGAGAAGCAGCGAAAGGUUCUCCCCAGCAUCGACAGCAAUAGUAACGACCAUGAGACUCAGAUCACUGCCGAAAGCUCCUCAUUUGUCAGCGGAUCCGGCAAGCGAAGAACCAACAAGGACAGUAGCCCAAAUCGCAACAGUAACGACGACACAACUGUCCUGAAACCCGCCCGUAACAGGACACCAGUGGCCUCCCAAGAACGAGGUGUCUCCACCGAAAGAGCUCGGAACGGCCAGAGAGGACAGCAUCGCUACAGUGGCAGCGAGGAGCACAGCAAGGAGAAGGAGAAGGAGAAGACGGCUCCCAGCCAACCCAAGGAAAAGCCCGAGUUCUUCGAGGCUCAUUCCACCCGAUCUGUGCCACAAACCACGCCCCACUACUCCACCGGAAGCCAUUCCACAGUGCGCCGCCUGGAACCCAGCAAAACCACGCCUUUCUACACUCCCACUAUUCCCAGUUUGGUGAAGUCGAAGAGCACCGACGGACAGCUCAACCACAUCAAGGGUGGUCAUGUGGCUACGACACCCAAUCCCCAUAGAUUUGGCGGCGCCAGCUCUGGUAUUUUCCUUGAAUCCUCUGUGGCACCCAAGGUUAGACCCACCAGUGCCAGUAUCGAACUAGACAGCACUUUCAAACCUGUUAUUAUUGGCAUGAGGCACCACUACGAUGUGGCCAGCUCCGGGGAAUUCCGAGCCCCAGCAAAGCCCUCUGAUAGUCGCGAUUAUCUGCCAACCACACCGUCUACAUCGGCCACCAGCAGCGGACCAACCUAUCUGCCCAAGAGUGGAAAGCCGCCAAGGGGAAAUGCGGCAGCUGCAGCUGGAGAAGAUGUUCUACUCUUCGCCCCGAAUCCCGUGAAGGAUGAAUCUGUCUACCGCAAUGUGCAGGAAAUGCUGAAGACAAUGAACCUUCUGAAAGAUCAGUUUGAAGACGUGGAGUUAAAUGCUGCAGCGGCAGCUCCCGCUAGAGUUGGCCUGGAGAUUCCACCUUCGUCAGGACCAGAUGCACUUGUAUCUUUUGCCAAGUACUUUGCACAGGAACAUAAUGAAACCGCAAAUGCACUGGGCAAGCCAGAGAAGUCGGAAAAGCCAGACAAGACUGGUGUGAAGACCAAACUAUCUGUAAAGCCACCCCCACUGCCCACUAUAAAGCCAUCGGACACCACUGCGUUGCUGACCACUUCCGAGAAUCCCCCAGCCAUUAGUGAUAAUGCGGAUGACAUCAAAAAGAGUCUGCUAAGUGAUACUACCGUGAAGAAAUACAGCAACCUCUUUGGCCUUAAACCUGCACAAGGUCGCGGUGCUGGAGAGGGCGACAUUAGCUCAGGACUACUCUCUAAUCAGCCCAAUGAAACUCAACCCGAACCUGGCUCGAAGUACCAGCAGUUCCCACAGAUUGGAAGCACGGGAUCCACUGUUGGUGCCCUGGCGGAGAAACCAGAGUCUCGUAAGAUCGCCCAAAUCUUCUCCAAUGCUCUCUCCAGUUACCUCGACAACCCAGCUACUUUCCGUGCAGAGUUGGCUGCGCGAGCUCGUCCCACUGAACCUCCAAGUACACCUAACUUCAGACCCGUCACUACCACGGAUCCCUCUCUUUUCAGCGAUGGAACAGCCAAGUACUAUCUGCCCACUAAGGGAUUACCCGAGGCUACAACGCCCACGCCCAAUAGCAUUGCAGCGGAGAUCAACCACAAAUUCGAUUCGACCCCAGCUCCAGACUACACUACCACCACCGAGGUGUACGAAGGUAGCACAAUUCGCGGACAGGAGUUGGAGUUCUCCGGGGAACUUUCGCCUCCAAGUCAGGACUCUGGCGAGGAGUUUCUGCAGCAACAGCAAACGCAAUCGUUCGUAAAGUCUCGCAACGAUCUGCUCAAGGAUGCUAGGCCCCAGAAACUAGUUACUACCCACAAGCCCACUGAGCACCCGUGGGCACUGAAAUCGCAGACCGACUUCCUGGAUCCUCUGACUAUCAACGACGGUCUGAUGCAGAGGACUUCUACGACCAGUACCACGACCUCGACAUCCACAACAGCUUCUCCGUUUGCCUUCAGGGUGACCACAAACACGCCCCCUCGUUACGAGUGGGAGGACAUCUUCCGGAGCUACGACAUUCCUAGGGAUGCUCUGCCCUCCAGUAGUGGUCUCCAGAGGAUUGCCAACAAGUUGUUUGGCGGUCUCAACGAACAGGAGGCCCUGCACCUCCGCAACGUGAUGGCCAAGGCGGAGCACGAUCGCCAGGUGCUCAGUCUGCUGCUGCUGCUUAUCCAGACCUGUGAUGACCACAAUGGCAAGGCGCUGGAAAGGAGCAGGAAGCACCUGCUGAACGCACUCAUCGAUAUCGAUAGCAAGACGCCGGCUGGAGGAAAGACCUCCAGGCAGAGGCUGACCACCACUACCAACCGCAUCCCAGUAACCACAUUCCGACGAGGUGGCGCUGCAGGAGUCGAGUACUUUACCAGUACUACUCCGGGCUACACGACGACUACGGAUGUGCCCACCACGACAGGAUUGGGGGCGGGCAGCUACGAGGAGACAACCAAGUUCGAGAUACGCGUCGAGGAUCUGGAGGAGACCACGACGACGACGGCUCCUUUGCUGGAGGUCAACUCGGAUCGGCGGGCCCUGGAGCUGCUCAAGUCAUUAUAUUCGCUAGCGUCCAAGUUUAGCAGCAGGCGGUAGAGCGAGGGCGGUGGCGGUUCCUAGACCUUGCGAGUUAAUGCCUAACUUUAGUCAACUCCAUUCCCUUCUCUUCAGUUCAGUUUUAUUUUCUACCAUUUAAAACCUUCCUUCCUUAUGAUUUAUAUAUUUGAACCAGUUACUUGUUAAUUGACUUCGUUUAGCCAAUGCAAUUUGCGCAAUUAGUUUGUAAAUAUGUAAUCGAAAUACUCGAAGAUGAGAGCCCUGAAAUACUCCCACGCCCGAAACAGGCAUAGACUUGGUUGUUCCUGAUGCCCAGCCAAGACGUUUCCGUUUAAGUUUAAUCGAGAGUUGUAUUAAAUUAGUUUCUUACUGCUUAGUCUUAAUGAACGAGAACACUUUCCAUUCAGUAUCCAGUAGGAGCGAU